ACUGACCAGAAGGAGAUGACCCCUGGUAAGAAGAUCCCUGUCUUCGUGGAUGGGGUUGUACUUAAUGGACCACAAACAGAUGUGAAAGCUGGAGAAAAAUUUGUUGAAGAAGCCUGUAGGCUAAUAAUGGAAGAGGUGGUUUUGAAAGCUACGGACGUCAAUGAAAAGGUGUGUGAGUGGCAGCCCCCUGAGCAGCUGAGGCAGCUCCUUGACCUGGAGAUGAGGGACACGGGAGAGUCACAGGACAAGCUGCUGAAACUCUGCCAAGAUGUCAUCCGCUACAGUGUCAAAACCAACCACCCGAGAUUUUUCAACCAGCUGUAUGCGGGCCUUGACUAUCACUCCUUGGCUGCCCGGAUUAUAGCAGAGGCACUGAACCCAAGCAUUUAUACGUAUGAGGUGUCCCCAGUGUUUCUGUUAGUGGAAGAGGCGGUUCUGAAGAAAAUGAUUGAAUGUGUUGGCUGGAAAGAAGGGGAUGGAAUAUUUAACCCAGGUGGCUCAGUCUCCAAUAUGUGUGCAAUGAAUUUAGCCAGAUACAGACAUUGCCCUGAUAUCAAGGACAAAGGCCUGUCUGGUUUGCCAAGAUUAAUCCUUUUCACGUCGGCAGAGUGUCAUUACUCCAUGAAGAAAGCGGCCUCCUUCCUUGGGAUUGGCACCCAGAAUGUGUACUUUGUAGAAACGGAUGGAAGAGGUAAAAUGAUACCAGAGGAGCUGGAGAAACAAAUCUGGCAAGGGAAACAAGAGGGGGCAGUGCCGUUUCUUGUCUGUGCCACCUCUGGUACCACCGUGCUGGGCGCCUUUGACCCCCUGGAUGAGAUUGCUGAGGUCUGUGAGAGGCAUGGCCUCUGGCUCCAUGUAGAUGCCUCUUGGGGUGGCUCGGCUUUGGUGUCCAGGAAGCACCGCCGGCUCCUGCAUGGCAUCCACAGGGCUGACUCGGUGGCCUGGAACCCACACAAGAUGCUGAUGGCGGGAAUCCAGUGCUCCGCUCUACUUGUCAAGGACAAAUCUGAUCUUCUUAAGAAGUGCUACUCUGCCAAAGCGACAUAUCUGUUCCAGCAGGAUAAAUUCUACGACGUCAGCUACGACACGGGAGACAAGUCCAUCCAGUGUAGCAGGAGACCUGAUGCCUUCAAGUUCUGGAUGACCUGGAAGGCUGUGGGCACAUCAGGACUUGAGGAGAGAGUUAAUCGUGCCUUUGCUCUAUCUAGGUACCUGGUCGACGAAAUCAAGAAAAGAGAAGGCUUCAAGCUGCUGAUGGAACCUGAAUAUACCAAUGUGUGCUUUUGGUACAUUCCACCGAGUCUCCGAGAGAUGGCGGAAGGACCAGAGUUCUGGAGAAAGCUCAGUUUGGUGGCCCCAGCCAUUAAGGAGAAAAUGAUGAAGAAGGGGAGUCUCAUGUUGGGCUACCAGCCCCACCGGGGGAAAGUCAACUUCUUCCGCCAGGUGGUCAUCAGCCCUCAAGUGAGCCGGGAAGACAUGGACUUCCUGCUGGAUGAGAUAGACAGCCUGGGUAGAGACAUGUAGCCACGGCUUUCAUCCCCCAGAGGCAUCACUCCUGUCCUGGGGACGGUCACGGAUCCAGUGCAUCUGAAGACUCACUAGAUAGAUGACGGUCCUGGUGAGAUUAGGAAACACGCCCACUCCCCACACAGAAAACGCUAAGCAAAUAGUCCUAAGGGUUCUUUGGCUGCCUGCUGCUACUGCUUGUAGAACGGAGAAAGUAGACAUAAUAAAAAAAUUAUUCUCUCAAAUAUCAUCCUUUGAAACAACCCCGAGGACACUUUAGGCAGUGCCACGCGGAUGGAUGCUGGUUUGUAAGCUCCCAUUGCUCUUUAAAGAACACAGAAACGCAACGUGGAGCUUACAGCAGUGAACCCCAGUGUGGCCCCUGUACCACCAGCAUCAGCACCGUCAGGGACUUACUAAAAAUACAAAUUCUCCAGCCUUACCCCACACCACCUGAAUCAGAAACUCUGGCUGGUUCCAGCAUCCUGAGUUUUAAUAAGCCCAACAGGUGAGUCUGAUGCACAAUAAAUUCUGAGAGACAAUGGUCCAGUAAAAAGCCUUUAUGGGUGUUUUACCCCCUAAAGGACAUGUGAUAUUUCAGUAGCCUCUCAGCCAGUCUUUGAAAAAUACAGACCACAUCCCCACACCUCGCUAGCUAGUUAUAUGCUAGAAAUGGUUUAUCUUAACACUUAAAAAGUGGAAAAGAAUGUACAGCAAAUGUGGGCUUGUUGAGUCAUUUUUCUAGUAGGUAAUCAUGGGAAACUCAAUAGCUAUAGUUCAGGUCCCAUUCUGCCUUUAGUGAGACACAGCAGCUUCUCGACUGUUGGAAAAUAACACUGAGGUCAGAUAGUUUGCAAUCCCAUUAUAUUUUUUUGAAAUAUUCAAAUAUAUAUA